UCAGAGUUUACGGUGUAGGUGGAGUUUGCUAAUUUAACCCUUUACCUUAAAAAAAGAUGGCAGUAACUCUUUUGUUUUUGUCCUGUUUAGUGAUCGGAGCCAGUUUAGAACCAGUUAGGAUCAAGAUAGUUGAUGCUCCUCAUCAUAACAGACACUAUUCAUCCCCCACUAGUACUAGGAAGCUAAUGUUGAGAGGUCCCCCAGCUCCUAUCUCAGGACCACCUCAUCUUAAAGCAUUAGCUGGGGAGUGCUAUCAAACAAGAUAUAAGAAUUAUGCUUAUGACGUGUGCCCAUUUUUUAAUGUGACACAGAAGGAAGAAACAGGAAUGUGGAACCGCUUCCAUGGAGUAUUAGGUGUGUGGAGGGAAUGGGUCAUUGAAGGUGACAGGUUUGUUGGAAUGAGGUUUGCCCUUGGAGAGAAGUGUGGUAGAACUGACAGAGAAGCAAAAAUAUUGUUCAAGUGUAGCAUUAUAACUAAACUGACAAACAUCACUGAACCAAGCACUUGUAAGUAUACUAUAUGGCUAUGGACUCCACUGGCCUGUUUCAAAGGAGCCAUGCAAGUGUACAGAGUAUUCACACCAAAACAGAUCAAUGAAUGGGAUGAGAUAAACCAUGAGUUUCAUUCAGACCUGAUCACAAAGCAAGGACUUAUGAAGAAGAGAAGAGAGCUCCUCUUAUCAGCUGGACUCUAUUAUAAUUUCAGUAAAGAUGAAGAGUAUAUUAGCAAUGAACAUAUGCCUGUAGCAGCCAGUUAUGGUAAUACUGCAAAAAAUAAUCCAGGUUACAGUGUCUCAUCUUGUCAUGUGGAUCUUGCUAAAACUGAAGAAGAAUUAAAGAAAAUGAAGUUAAAAUUGGAAGCUUUUGAGAAAAUACUUGAUCAGAAUCCAUCACUGAAGAUACAGAUUAAUACAUUAAUGAGUGCAAGCAACCACACAAAUAAUACUGGACAGAAUAGGAGCACUGAUCAAGGAAAUCAAGUUAAUGAUCUACAAAAAGAAGGAAAUGAUCAACAAAAUCAAGCUAAUAAUCGAGUUAAUGGUCAACACAAUCAAGGGGAUGGUAAACAAAAUCAGGAAAAUGAAGUUAAUGAUGGAGUCAAUGGUGGACGAAAUCAAGUUAACGGUCAACAAAAUCAAGUUAAUGAUCAACCAGUGAUUUCACAUGAUGACAUACUUCAAAAUCCAAUCAAUUUGGAUCAAAAUCGGGAAAGAAAUCAUGUUAAUCAGCGAUAUGGUGAUACUUCUGAUCAUAAAAAGCUGAAGCAAAUAAAAGAAUCUCUAAAAUAAUUUAAAAUACGUUUAUUUUGUACAUUAUUUAUUAAUUUUAA